CACAGAGUCAUCUUUUUUUCAAAUUUCCCCUACUGGCCUGUGCCACUGGGGUCAGAAGAACUGUGCUGUAAGGAGAGUGAGCAAAAUGAAUUCAGUGCCCACAGAGAGACUGAAGCGAGAUGUUUGCUGGUGGAAGAGCUGAUUCAGAAGAGGAGAUAAAGAGUUGAGAGUCGGGUCGAAGACAUAACUGGAGAACUUACGAAUCAAGAUGAGAUUACUAAGGGCCAACGUUGAAAUUAAAGGGUAAAGGUCCAAGGUUAUACUUUGACAUUUCCUUGGUGAUAAGAGUUUUGAAGGAGUAUGUGAGGGAAUACUCACCAGGAAACCAUGUUGGGACCGAAGCAGAGCCUGCCAUGCAUUGCCCCACUGCUGACCACGGCGGAGGAGACUCUGAGUGCUGUCUCUGCUCGGGUCCGAGGACAUAUUCCUGAAUGGCUUAAUGGUUAUCUACUUCGAGUUGGACCUGGGAAGUUUGAAUUUGGGAAGGAUAGAUACAAUCAUUGGUUUGAUGGAAUGGCGUUGCUUCACCAGUUCCGAAUGGAGAGGGGCACAGUGACAUACAAGAGCAAGUUUCUACAGAGUGACACAUAUAAGGCCAACAGUGCUGGAGGUAGAAUUGUGAUCUCAGAAUUUGGCACGCUGGCCCUUCCUGACCCAUGCAAGAGCAUCUUUGAACGUUUCAUGUCAAGGUUUGAGCCACCUACUAUGACUGACAACACCAACGUCAACUUUGUGCAGUACAAAGGUGAUUACUACAUGAGCACAGAGACUAAUUUUAUGAAUAAGGUGGACAUUGAGAUGCUGGAAAGGACAGAAAAGGUGGACUGGAGCAAAUUCAUUGCUGUGAAUGGAGCCACUGCACAUCCUCAUUACGACCCAGAUGGGACAGCAUACAACAUGGGGAACAGCUAUGGGCCAAGAGGUUCUUGCUAUAAUAUUAUUCGUGUUCCUCCAAAAAAGAAAGAGCCCGGGGAGACGAUUCACGGAGCACAGGUGCUAUGUUCCAUUGCCUCCACUGAGAAAAUGAAGCCUUCUUACUACCAUAGCUUUGGAAUGACAAAAAACUACAUAAUCUUUGUCGAACAGCCUGUAAAGAUGAAGCUGUGGAAAAUAAUCACUUCUAAAAUCCGGGGAAAGCCCUUUGCUGAUGGGAUAAGCUGGGAGCCCCAGUAUAACACGCGGUUUCAUGUGGUGGAUAAACACACUGGACAGCUUCUCCCAGGAAUGUACUACAGCAUGCCUUUUCUUACCUAUCAUCAAAUCAAUGCCUUUGAGGACCAGGGCUGUAUUGUGAUUGAUCUGUGCUGCCAGGAUGAUGGGAGAAGCCUAGACCUUUACCAACUACAGAAUCUCAGGAAAGCUGGAGAGGGGCUUGAUCAGGUCUAUGAGUUAAAGGCAAAGUCUUUCCCUCGAAGAUUUGUCUUGCCCUUAGAUGUUAGUGUGGAUGCUGCUGAAGGAAAGAACCUCAGCCCACUGUCCUAUUCUUCAGCCAGCGCUGUGAAACAGGGUGAUGGAGAGAUCUGGUGCUCUCCUGAAAAUCUACACCACGAAGACCUGGAAGAGGAAGGGGGGAUUGAAUUCCCUCAGAUCAACUAUGGCCGAUUCAAUGGCAAAAAGUAUAGUUUCUUCUAUGGCUGCGGUUUUCGACAUUUGGUGGGGGAUUCUCUGAUUAAGGUUGACGUGACGAACAAGACACUAAGGGUUUGGAGAGAAGAAGGCUUUUAUCCCUCGGAGCCCGUUUUUGUUCCGGUGCCAGGAGCAGAUGAGGAAGACAGUGGGGUUAUACUCUCUGUGGUGAUCACUCCCAACCAGAGUGAAAGCAACUUCCUCCUUGUCUUGGAUGCCAAGAGCUUCACAGAGCUGGGGCGAGCGGAAGUACCCGUGCAGAUGCCUUACGGGUUCCAUGGCACCUUUGUGCCUAUCUGACGGCAGAGGCGCAAGGAAGGCUAGGAUCGGGCUUCGAUGAGCACACUCUGAGGAAAAGAGAAAAUGGUGGAUCUCACUCAAAAGCUGUUGUAGUUUGGACCUGACCCUGACCCCUAAGGACUCAUAGACCCGACUCCCGUGGGCUCAUCGACCCUGACCCCCAACGUGCUGAUAGAUCCUGACCACCACGGGAUCAUAUUUAAAUUCUUGUUCCCAGCUUGUGGCACUACUUUUUUUUUUUUUGUAGCAGUGGUAAAAUAACUAAUAAUCUCCCCAUGUAUGGUUUUAUAUUUCUAUUAAAACACAACUUGUGAGGUAA